GACCGAUUCGUAUCGGAAUCGGCAAUGACAGCUUCCGUCCCCAAUUCCUCGAUUUAAAACCCUGCCUCUUAAAGGAAGACUCUUGGUUUGAAGCUGAAACCACAGGCCUCAGCAGGCUUAGGCACUUAGCUCGCAAGUCGCAACAAGUGGGUUGGGCGCGUUCUUAUCCUUCUUCCCGCGGUUUAGUAUCGCCCUUCGUCUACUGCUCCGGCUGUGGCAAACUGUCGUUAACUUCUCAUCUGAAUCUAUCUUAUCUUUUUCAAAGGGAUCGAGGUUAGCAGGAAUGUUCUCUCUUCAUCCAACGCAACAGCUCAUUGCUGCCAGUCCCCCCUUGGGGGCCGUGAGAACAACUGCUUCACCUCCACAGAGACUCAAGUGGUGGCCGUUGCAAUGGAGGAUCUGUCCCCACAUGUUGAACGCUAGACCACAUGAAUACAAUCAAUUGCAGAAUACUAGGUCCUCUGUCUCAUGCACAAUAAACAUGACCGCAGGACAGUCAGAUGGGCCCAAGAAAAUGAAUCUGGACCAGGCAAUCGAGAAGGCAAGGAAGAUUUGGGGGAGUUUUCCCGAACCAGUCAGGAGAUUCCCUUGGAUUACAGCUUUGGAGAACUUUAUUCAGUUCAACCUUGACCUUGUUUAUGCAGUUGCAAAGUACUUAAGUAUACCCUUGCUGGCAGUUUCCACACUAAGCGAGAUGUCCUACUGUGCUCAUGAAAGGAAGAUGCGUCUUAUACCCAUUCCCAUACUUGCAGGGAUUGCCGUUGCUGGGGUUUUGAGAGAUACGGCAUUAGAAAUAUCUCCAAGUCUUAAGGGAGCUGAAUAUCCUUGGCAUCUUCUUGCCAUUGCAAUCUUCUUUACAUUGCUCAAACUCCCAGGGCCUUAUUAUCCAUACUGGGGGCGAGUAUUGAUUCCACACUUUGCAAAUGGUGGACUGUUCAGUGUUUUAUGGUUCGCUUUUUUGUGGUAUAGAAGGUCCCAAGGGGAAGAAACCUCGCAAGAGACUUCUCCAGAUGGCACUCAUUCUGAAGAGAAGAAGCUGUGAUGCUAUUUUGGACAAAACAUGGAGCCAGAAAGGAGGGAUACCUGCCAGUUGCGUUUUCUCUUCAACAUCUUUCAGCUUUGGCAUUGAAAGAGUGUCUUCUGGCACAUCAGAUACUGGGUGGCUUCAUUUGUUUCUCAAGCAGAGUAUGGUAUUAUCUCAUUGGCUUAAGGGAAAUCAUCAGUCCACUCCGGAACGCUCACUUAUAUAGCCAGUUUUACAACUCAUCCAAUUUUCAAUACUUCAUUCAGCCGAAGAAAUGGAGGGAGGCAAAGAGUCAGGUUAAGGUAGAGAUGCUGAGGAGGUAGCAUAGUUGAUAUUACUUUGUAUAUCAUUUUAUGCCAAUGAAUGCCUUUUUAGUUGAGUGAGAUAAUUUGGAUCGAGUUAAAUGGAAAACUAGAAAUGAUUUUGUAUCCAUGAAAGUUGAGUUGAUAGUUUUUCAUCA